CGGGAAGAGGGGGCAGAAGAGGCUGACAGGAUUCUUUCGACGGAACAACCGCAGUCGGCCCUAGGAGAGCUCAGCGAGUUGUGAUCAGAUACAUUGCGCUAAAGCGCGUCCCGCAAAGCCAGAGCACGACUCCCGCGACAGCCCCAGGUAGCCGCGCGAGUGUCCCAGUGUCGCGGAGCCUGCAAUGCUGCAACGGCCUAAAGGAUGAAGGCAGACGGCGAUAGUAAGAGUGGACAUAGAAGAGAUCGAACGACCAGCAUCGACAUGAGAAGAACGAGGCUUCUGCUGGCGGUCCUUGUGCAGGCAAUAAUGGUAGGCCCAAGCCUCGGCAGCUCCCCCUGUCCUUGGUCCGCCCAGGGUCUCGCCGAGCUCGAGAGUUCGUGCACCUGCGACUACAAUUUGGCUCUCGAACUCUCCGUUCAGUGUGACGCCGUGGACCUUGGGCAACUGCUCGCCGGGCUGCGGCGUUUCGCUUCGGCCCAAGCUCGUAUCGACCUCCUCUACGUUAACAACAGCACCAUCGGCCAGCUGAGGAACGGCACCUUCAUCGGUCUCCGUAUUAGUAAUCUCCAGCUAAGCGGCUGCAAGCUACGUGGAAUCGAGCCCGAGGCGUUCAUCGGACAAGCCUCGAGUCUGCGUAGCCUUAACCUUCGAGACAACGAUUUGCAAGAACUUCCGCGGGCGGCUCUCGCCGGCCUGAAAAACCUCACGGUCCUCGACCUCUCGCGCAACAGGAUCGCUCGUGUGCCGGAGCACGCGUUCAUCGGUCAUCGUCUGGUCACCCUCAAACUCGCCGGUAACAGUGAGCUCGUCCUUGAGCCAGCGAGCUUCCGAGGGCUCGAGCACUCCCUCAAGAACCUCAAUCUCAUGGGUACGCGGCAGCGACGACUUCCGGAGGCCCUCAAGGGCUUGGCCGUCCUCGCCUUUCUCGAUCUCUCGCAAAACAGCAUCAGAGAGCUGGGAGGUUCCGCGGGCUUUCAGGGUCUUGCCUCCCUUACGGGCCUCAACCUCGAGCGGAACCUUAUCCAGGCGAUUGGGUCAGACGCCUUCGUCGGGGUCAGUUCCACGCUCACCUCCCUGAGUCUGCUUAACAACCUGAUACCGGAGUUCCCCACCAACGCCAUCGCUAGUCUUCGCGAGCUCAAGGUAUUGGACAUCGGCUUCAAUUUGAUGACGGAGCUACCGGUGCGCGCGUUCGAGGGCAAUCCGUCCAUUACUCUCUUGGCCAUCGAUGGUAAUCCUUUAUCGAGCGUCCCCGAAGAGGCUUUCGUCGGUUUAAUUGGGACGUUGCGUGGCCUCAGCCUCGGCGGUCGCUUUUUAAUGUGCGAUUGUAAGCUCCGCUGGAUCGUCGAGUGGAUACACACGAGGGAGCUCCAGGUAACGAGUCGCGAGAGCAAACCCCAAUUUUGUGGUAGCCCACAGAGAUUACAAGAUAAGAGUUUCUACGCUAUCAAGCCAGAGGAAAUGACCUGCGAACGGCAUACGGAGAUCGUCGGUUUCGGUACGGUAGAGAGCGUCGAGCCAACCGGGGCUUUACUCGACGCCCUUGAAACAAACCAACAACAAUCCGGUCCGAGCCUAAGUUCCGGUAUACUUGGCUCGAGCACGAGCUCAGCCAAACCCAUGAGUACGAACUUCGAAGUUAGCACAAAUUCUGGUAGCACCGUUGCUACUCACACGCCGACUUUCCUCGCUCAACCGACCAGUACCAAACGAUCGACCAACGUCUUUGUAACAAGGACGAGCGUCGCGCCCAGGCCGCCUCUCGUGCUCGGUUCGCCUCUCUACAAGAGCAAGUCCCAGGAAAAGGAUAUUAUCGUCAAAGACGUGCUAAGGCAAGAUAACUCCGUCAUUAUACGUUGGGAUAGCGAGUCGCUGGCGCUUGGCUUUCGGGUCAUAUAUCGACUUUUUGGCGAUUCGACUUUCAAAUCCGGCCCACCGCUCGAAAACAGCGAAAGAGAAUUUAAAAUAAAAAACGUCCCCUCCCAGGAGUGCAUAAUCGUAUGUGUGGUGGGCGCAGAGGAGGCGCCUAACCCUAAUCCCGCGAGCGUUCCCUACAGCCAGUGCCGCGAGGUCCGUACCGAGGGUUCGCCAACCUCCAACAUGGAUCGCAUUACGAUCGCCGCAAGUGCCGCCAUCUGCGCAACUAUCGUUGCGGCCGUACUAAUCUUCCUCCUGGCAAACCGUCGCCGUCGGCGCACCAGUUCCCGAAAGCUCCACACGCUCCAAGAACCAGGGAAGCUGCCCAUUGCUGGUCUCCCGGUGAACUGUUGCUCGAGCCUUGUAGGCCCGACCCCUAGCCCCGGGGCUAUGGGCGGUCCGCUCCCGGGUGCUCAGGCCUCUCUCAGCGCUUACAGCGUCCAGAAGGAAUGGGACCAACUCUCGGCUUAUAGUACGCGUAGUAUACCGCGUCCAAGGAUCUUCCCGGUCGAGCGUCAAGGCUCGGUCACGCGGGCCUCCUGCCUCGAGGAGGCUGCUCCGCCAGGACCGGGCUCCCUCACCGUACCCAACCACGCCAGGGGCCACUACUUUCCAGGAGCCUCGCUGGGCUCGAGCCUCGUAGGGCUGGGCGCUCGCCCAGAGCUGCGGCACUCGAGGCAGUCCCUGGCGGCCACUUCGGAGCGCAUGGCACGAGGUGGAUUCUCCUCGGGGGUGCAGCUGGCCCCUCAGGCUCAAAGUAGCGCCCGGAGACAGCGGCCGCGAUCGCGUAAUCGCGGAAUGGAGCCAAGUCUUCCGCGCCCGGGCAGUCGCUACAGUUUAGCUGAAUCCACUCACACCCUCAACAACUACGAGGAAGGCAACUGGACGGACCACGACAUGGACAUAUAUAUGGCGCGCAAUCCCACGACCAGGGGUGGACUCGUACCCCUGUGAUGAUUCUCAAAAUUGUACUUUCACGUUCGAAUAUUUGGCUGGAAGAGUUACGCCACUCGGCUCCCAUUUGUUUCCGGGGGUUCUCGUUAACGAUGGUUUUCGCGAGCCUAUUCGAAAGCAAUUAUUGCUCAUACCUUACACGUGUUGUGCAAUUUUAUUAUUAUUAUUAUUUUUUAAAUUAAUUUAUAUUAAGAGCAAGUUUAAAUACCUCAUUUUUAAAUAUGACCAUCAUUUGUCGGACGGUUGCAAUGCACCUCAGGACUUUUAAUUUCCAUUAGUUCGCUCAUUCAUUUUAAAAGUUUAAUUAUUAUCUAAGCUGUUCUCGUCAUCAUCUUCCUUAUGAUCAUUACUAAUUACUACUACUAUAUACAAUUACUACGCAUACCACUAUCACUACUU